AUGGAUUUUGAACUCUUUAGAGCUCCAUUAUCAGAUAAAGCAGUGACUUCAAUUUUUUGGGCUUCGGGUAUUUCAACACUUUCAAACAUAUUUAGUAAACUAUUCUUUAUUAAAUUUAAUCAAUAUUCGCCUUAUUUAAGUAAUUUUUAUGAUCAUCAUAUGGUCAGAUCAAGUAGUCAAGAUGGACAAGAUGGUCAUGAUAGUUAUGAUGGUCAAAAUGAGAGAAGUACCACUGAUGAAUUUACUAAUGAUGAUGAGAGUAUUAAAUUAGAACUUCCGUAA